ACAAACAGGUUGACGUUUGGAAAGGGUGUUUGACUCUUCAAUGAUUAACUCGUAGUCACUGACAGCAGAACGUGCUGAUGAGGAAGACGACGCGGAGGAAAUAGCAGGAACUCCGGUCUUGUGACUCGUCUUUGGUUUUCCUGUGCGGAUUCUCUCUCUGGCUGAGAGACGUUUAGGUUGUGAAGGAACACGUCUGUCAUAAUCUCUGACCUGGAGGCUUAACAGUGCCAUUUAAACAGCUUUAGCUGGUGUUUUGUGUCUUUGUCUGCGUUGGCUUUUUUCUUCGGGGCUGUUUUUGUGGACGGACACACGAUCAGCGAUGAAUAAUUAACCCAAAGAUCAGCUCGAGUGAAAGUUUAUUCAGAUCUCGGUUUGAUUGUGACGUAACUGGAGGAGAAGUCACCGAGCCCGGCGUCUGUAAUCUGGGAAACUGAAAGAUAUCGGACUCUAGUUUCUUCAUUUACUGUGGUUUUCUGCUUUGGAGUAUGGUCUGAGUGUAGCUCUGUGUCAUGGCCUGCAGUGUUGCUAAAGCAGGCCCUGCUAAUGGCUUCCCUAUGAAAGCGCAGCUGCAGAUCACGGUGAUCUCGGCCAAACUCAAGGACAACAAGAAGAACUGGUUCGGCCCGAGUCCGUACGUGGAGGUGUGUGUGGACGGCCAGUCCAAAAAGACGGAGAAGUGCAACAACACACACUCGCCCAAAUGGAAGCAGCCGCUCACUGUGAUUGUGACUCCGUUCAGCAAGCUGAUCUUCCGUGUUUGGAGUCACCAGACGCUGAAGUCAGACAUUCUGCUAGGCGUGGCCACCCUCGACGUCAGCGAGACGCUCAAAACACAUGACAUGAAGAUCUGUGAGGUGGUGCAGACGCUGCAGCUGUGCACAGACAGAGAUCAGUCGGACAACAUUGGGGAUCUGUCCGUGUGUUUGGACGGUCUGCAGGUGGAUCCCGAAGCGUUCCAGUCGGCCGAGGCCAACCACAAGAAUACUUUAAACGGGGAUUCUGAGAUUCAUGAAGACUUAAGCAGAAGAAGCAGAGAUCCCUCUCCAUCGGUCACAGACGCUCAGGAUCAGCCGUUGGCUCCUAACGGCCGCGUGAACGGAAUGGACUCUCCUUCGGUGUCAUCCAGAGGGUCGCGACCCCAGAGACCCCCGCGCCCCUCGCGACCUCCCCCGCCGACCCCACACAGACCCACGUCUUCCCCAGCUUCCUCUACCGGCUCAUUUCCUGACGGCAGCGAUUCGUCCCGUUCAGACACUCCGGUUCGGAAUCCCACUGGGGGCGGAGCCUCUGAGUCAAGCCCCGCCCCCACAGUGGAGCAGCCUGGAAGGACGUCCCUCAGUGUAGUCCCCGCCCCCAGCAGGAUUCCCAGCGUGGUCAACACUGGACCUCUGCCUCCCCACUGGGAGCAGCGUGUCGAUCAGAACGGCCGUUUGUAUUAUGUUGACCAUGUGGAAAAGAAGACGACGUGGGAGAGACCGGAGCCUCUGCCGGCGGGCUGGGAGCGGCGUGUGGACCCGAUGGGUCGGGUGUAUUUUGUGGACCACAUUAGCAGAACCACCACAUGGCAGCGGCCCACGAUGGAGACGGUGCGAAACUACGAGCAGUGGCAGCACCAGCGCAGUCAGCUGCAGGGAGCCAUGCAGCAGUUCAACCAAAGAUUCAUCAUCGGGGAUCAGGCUUCAGUUACCCAGAAUAAAGAGUUCGACCCGCUGGGACCUCUGCCACAUGGAUGGGAGAAGAGAACGGACUCUAAUGGCAGAGUUUACUUUGUUCAUCACUCCACCAGAACGACGCAGUGGGAGGAUCCGCGCACACAAGGUUUGCUAAAUGACAAGCCACUGCCGGAAGGUUGGGAGAUGCGGUUUACGGUUGAUGGCAUCCCUUACUUCGUAGAUCACACCCGGAGAACCACCACUUACAUCGACCCACGGAGUGGGAAAUCCUCCCUUGAGAAUGGCCCUCAAAUCACAUACGUACGAGACUUCAAAGCCAAAGUUCAGUACUUCAGAUUCUGGUGUCAGCAAUUAGCGAUGCCACAGCACAUAAAGAUCACCGUCACCCGCAAAACGCUGUUUGAAGACUCGUUCCAGCAGAUCAUGAGUUUCAACGCUCAGGAUCUCCGGCGCAGGCUGUGGAUCAUCUUCCCCGGGGAGGAGGGGCUUGACUAUGGAGGCGUGGCCAGGGAGUGGUUCUUCCUGUUAUCUCACGAGGUGUUAAACCCCAUGUACUGUCUGUUUGAAUACGCUGGCAAAGACAACUACUGCCUCCAGAUAAACCCCGCCUCCUACAUAAACCCUGACCAUCUCAAAUACUUCAGGUUCAUUGGACGCUUCAUCGCCAUGGCCUUGUUUCAUGGGAAAUUCAUCGAUACGGGCUUCUCACUGCCGUUCUACAAGCGCAUCCUGAACAAGCCCUUGACUCUGAAAGACCUGGAGUCCAUCGACCCGGAGUUUUACAACUCGCUCAUCUGGAUCAAGGAUAAUGACAUCGAGGAGUGCGG